CUAUUGUCAAAAUUGACAAAUCAUUAAUUAACAAUAAACAACAUAUUUAGGAACUCGCAAGACAGUAUUUAUCUCUAAAAAUUAUAUAUCUAAAUAAUAACCAUUAUAAUUAUCUGUAGAGUACCAGUUCCGUCGGUGCAUAGUAUUACAUAUAAUAUUAACAUGAAAGAAGUUUAAUGUAAUAUGUUGUAUUUUAAAGCCUUUUCCGUCUAGUGCAAAGCUUUCUGUUUACUUACGUGCUUUUUGCUUUUAUCGUUAAGCUCUCUAAAUUGUAUUCCUUUUUAUACCUGUGAUGGUAAUGUCUUAUUCAUGAGAUGGAAAUGAAGGUGGAACAAGUGAAUGAGGGUAUAAAGGUUAUCGGCGAUUUGGGUGAUAUUCAAAUUGCGGAAAUAAGUGACAAUGAAGAUUGUGAAAAACCAGUCCCUUCGAAGGAUUUAUCGAUUAUCCCUAAUUCCAUUCUUCAAGGCUCUACAGUACCAGUUUUUGGAAACAUAUCUGUGAAUGACUCAGAUAACGUACAAUUUGGUAACAACACUUAUUUUAAUGGUCCUGUAACAAUUAAGCAAGUUAUAAAGAACAAUGGUGUUGAAAAUGCUUCUUAUACUGCAACUGAUGACGAACAAGACAGUGGAGUAUCUCCACAGUCUAAAUCUGGAGAUAAAAAAAGUCAAAGGCCACAGAAGUUUACUAGGUGGAAAAAAAACCAUAUCAUAGGACUAAGUUUUGGAAUAUUAAUUGUAGUGCUCAUUGUAACCCUCAUUGUAAAUUAUGUACUAUAUCAAAAUUCACAAACAACACAGAGUACCACUAAACCAGAGGCAUAUAACUCAACUUGCAAUAGAAUAUUGGGUGUCUGCGAUGAGAAUGUUCAAAUGGUUGUGUUAUCCAUAAUAUUACAAUUAACAAUCAUGUUGGUUUUCCUAUCAUUACUAACACGAGGUGGUCCAGUACUUGAUAAGAAUCAGCACGAAAAUUGUGUGCACUGUACAGACUUGUGCACUAAAGAAGGUGGACCGGAUAUUAUAUCGCCUGAAUACCUUCGAUUCGUAUCUAGAAUUGACUGGCUAGCGCAGCCAGAAGAAGGGACUUUGGAUCUCCUGAGACUACCAGCACCAUGGGUGAUAAUCACGCACACUGCCACUGCGACUUGUAACAGCCAGAGUGAAUGUGUACUGCGUGUGCGUUCGAUACAAACCUUUCACAUUGAAUCCCGAAGGUGGUUUGAUAUCGGAUACAAUUUCUUAGUCGGCGGCGACGGCUCCAUCUACUACGGUAGGGGAUGGGACUACAUAGGCUCCCAUACACUGUACUACAACAAGUACUCUAUAGGAAUUGCAUUCAUUGGUACAUUUAACACCAUUAUACCUCCAAAGCGUCAAAUAGAAGCGUGCCAAAGAUUAAUUAAACUAGGUGUUAAAUUAGGAAAAAUUGCGAAGGACUAUAAAUUAUUGGCCCAUAGACAACUUAUGUCUACACUAAGCCCCGGUGACGCAGUGUUUAAUAUAAUCAAAACAUGGCCGCAUUUUGUUUCUAACUUCACAUCGGUGGAUGAAAUCUUGCCGAAGUAUUAAUUUAAUGUUUGUAUUAUCAAAUAUAAAAAAAAUGAUUUUCAAUUUUAAUACUUAGUGGAUAUUAUGAUUACUUAAUUGUACAUACAUGUAAAAUAUAUUUAGGAGUGGAGUGAAUGCUGUAAAGCAUACAUGACUCGUUCAAUGUAGAUAUAUUGUGUCUAACUUAAGUUAAUUGUCGGUCUUCUUAUAUCCCUGGCGAGACGCGGCCUUAUUAUAAAAUGUGUGUUAAAUGUUUCAAUAUUAUUAUUUUAAAUAUUUCCACAAUACCAAGUUGUAUAUAAGGGUGCGUCCACACCUGGCGAAUAUGCCGCGAAUGUGCAGCUCGCAAACCGUUUGCGAGCUGCGCGCUGGCUGCGCGUCUUCCUUCCGCCCGCGCCUGAAGCUGCACCCCUAACAUACACGCUCAGUUCGUUUCUGAUUACUGGAGCCUAAGUAUGUGAUGUCAUGGAGUGGACGGAGGAGAAUUGUUUACGCGUAAUUGAAACAUAAAAUAUUUCCGGUUUUAGUUCUUCAGGAAUAGUAAUACUUUGCUUAAUUCUAAAAAGAUCUUGUGUAUAGAAAUCUUGAAACUAACCAUCUGUAGUCCGCUUAAUUGAUGGCUUUUCAACUCCGAAACUGUUUUAUUUUAAAAAUAGUAUUUUGCCACCAACGCCGUUGUCUCUUUUUUCCUUUUUAUCAGUACUUUAAUAGCUAAUGAUGCAGCAAUUGUUUUUUUCGUCCGACGUAUUCGAAAGUACUGUGCGAGUGCGCGCAGAUCUCUCGCCGCGCGCCCGCCUUAUACGAGCCUUGCAUGAGUUGUGCUAAAGAGACGUACGAAACCACAGCUCGCAAACGGCUCGCGAGCUGCACAUUCGCCAAAUGUGGACGCACCCUAAAGAACAGUUUUAAAUUUGUAUCUUGUCUAGCAUAACGCUCUAUAUAAUAUUAAUAAUGUCAAAUAAAUCAACGUUAUUGGGCGAUUGGACUGGUAUUGGCGAACCCCAGAAAUUUCUACUAAAAAAUCUCUUAAUAUUACAUUUAAAUAAAUUUCGCUCCAUGAUAUUUUAAUAAUAUUCUGGGGCUAGUGUGCCGCAGAACUCCAGCGCUGUAUGGCUUCAAACUUUCGUUGCAAAGCAACGAGAAAUAUUUAAUUAUUUAUUGAUCGGUUUAGACGGCCUUUCUGUAUUAUUCCUUUUCGUCCUUCAUACUAACAUUUGUCUGGUUGAUUCGUUAUUGUAAUAUUAUGUACCAGGGAUCGUGUCCUGGUAUAUAUGUAAGUUUAAAUCAUGAAACCAAAUAUUGUUGUUCGGUAUUUCGGCUAUGCAAUCGAUUUUUAUGUGCUCAACGACUUGUACAUGAAGGCAUACUUAGGCAGAAAACUCCACGACCAAACAUCGUCAUUUGUUAAGCACAAGAUUUAUUUGUGUAUAAACUAAAAACGAUUACAGAAACAGAUACAAUAUAUAGGCUAUAGGGUUCUUAGAUAUGUAAAUUAAUUAAUGUUAAAUUUUGUCAUUUUGCAUGAUGAAACACUGCCAAUAUUUUUAUGAAGCCAUAUAUAGUGUUACGGUUUAUAUAUAUGUAUAUGUAUUACCAGUCGUCUUCUUUUUCGGUGCCUCACCAUUACUGGAGGUCGGCCGUCUGUCUUCUGGAACGUACCUUGUCCUGUGCCAGAUGUAGCAAUUACUCCGUUACGAUGCAAUGAUUUUUAACUUUUAAACUUGCCGUUUACACUUGAUUUUAACCGUCGUAAUUAAUUGAAGGUGGUAGCGGUUAAAGCGCAAUACGUGGCCCAGCUAUGUUAGGUAACCUUCCGUGACUUCAUGUUCUGCAAUUUUUUUCGAUAUAUAGUAGAAAUUUAUAUCGAAAAUAUAGUACAUUUAAUUUUAUUGUUUUAUACGUAAUUAUUUUAAUAAUUUUAGUAGUUUUAAGGUGUUAUAUCAUUAAUAUAUAUUCGAGUCUGGUUUGAUAUAUAGUACAUAUGUAUGGUAUUACUUGUGAAAUUGUAAUAUUUACAUAACAACGCUUUUUAUGCUGAGUCGUUUUCGAUUCGAUUUUGGUCUAUAUAACCGGUGUGUUGUUCUAAACAAUGACGUUGUAAACGGUUUUGACUGUAUAUUAAGUUCGUUGAAGGGGUUAUAUAAAUUGAUUUAAGGUGUUGAAUUCAGUAAAUUUUAUAUAUUUCUAUUAUAUUCGUGGCUAUAAAUAUUUACUCAAUUUAAAAUGGUGCUAUUUGAAAUACAAAAUUAUGUAAGUUCGGUUAUACAGUGUUUAUAAUCUGAAAAUCUGGCUCGAAUUCCGGUGCAACAAAAAAGGCAUGUAAUUUAGCAAUAUUAUAGGUUAAUUUGAUCGUAAAUUAUGUUUUUUUUAAGUACUUGCAAUGGAACCGACUUUAUAUUAGAAAAUAUUUUAAUUUCGUUAUCAAUUUGAUCCGUAUUUACGCGAUGUUAUAGUGUAUAAUUUUAAAAUAUGGUAAUAUUAAAGACAUUUGGUUAUGCAGGAUGAAAUUCUUCGUUGAAAAACUGUAUAUGAGUUAAAAACUACCGUGACACGCAUUUGUGAAGGGUAAAAAUAUAUAUUUUCCGUGUUAAUAGUAUUUUGUGUUCACACCGCAAUUAAAUCGAUAUAAUUAUGAAAGUUUUGUAUUGAGUUCUAUCGUUGCUAUGCAGUGUCGCCACAAGUCAAUAAAUACCAUUGUAAAGCGCAUGCGCGUAUCAAUUAUAUAAUAAAUUUUAGAUAUAUGUAGUUCAAAUACAUCUUUUGCUAAAAGAUUUGUUUCUUAUAUUUAAUCUACAUCAUUCUUAUACAAAAUUUAAAUUGUCUUGCAUUGGUAUUUUUAAAUACAUAGUACCGAAAUCCGAAUCAAAUUGUAAUAACCAUUAGGUUAAUGGUGUACACUCGUUUCUGUAUUGUUUAAUAAGCUUUAAACAUAUUUUUCCAUACAAAUUGUUUACGAACAGUUAUACGUUUCUUUCAAAUACACCCAUGCGCGUUAAGUUUGAAAAUAUCAAAGUUCAAGUUGAAUUGUUUUUAGUACGUCACGUUUUAUAGGCAUACGAUCCAUUAAGGUAGGUUUAAAUGUUAUUUUUUUUAAAACUUGGAAAAUAGUUUUGACAUUUUACUAUCAUAUUCCUAUAUUUCUUUUCUCUUUUGUGUUGCAUAACCAUUUAUUUAUUCACAAAACAUACACACUAUCCUUACAGUACUAAAUAAUUCAAAUACGAUAAAGUUUACAACAAAAAAUAUAGUAAAAUAUAUAAUAUUAAAUACACUAGAUACACAAUAUCGCUACUGUGAACUCACUCUGUGAACAUAUAAAGAUGUCGAUAUUGUCAGAGAUAGUAUUCAAAGGUGUUAACAAGCAACUCUUUAUGACAGUUGACAAUAUACUUAAACAUUUGUAUAACUUUUUAAUCUAUUACUAUUAUAUGUAAGGUGACAACAUGAGUAAGAAUGAAAAAAAAACGCAAAUAUGGCGCGUUAUUUGUGAUUGGUCAAAUGGCAAAACGUAUCGUGUGGCGUCAUUGUGAUUGGUCUUAAUUUCUAUAGACUAGUCAAGCGCCGUCGUGAGUAAUAAAAAUGAAAACGAUGCAAUUAGACUUAAGUUUUAACUAAUGAAGUCCUUAGUUUAGUUAAAGUUGAUUGUAACAAGUUAUAUUUUAUCCGGUUAAAAUUUGUCGUAACUGUCUUUAUAAUAAUAACCUAUAUUUGUCACAAACUAUAAUACUAUAUAUUAUAAUAUAUGAUAAGUUGUAAGUUUAUGGCGGGUAAUUGGUAUAUAUUAACUUAAUAAAAUAAAACAUUUAUA